AUGGCUCCCCACGCGAACAAAGCCAAGGUCGGCGCCGAAGCCAACUCAACGGCUGGUACUGAAGGGUCGAAUGCUCUCCACGCCCUCCUCAUCCGUUACCCCAGCAUCUGCUUCCUGCGCUGCCAGUGGCAGGACUAUUCGGGCGUUGUGCGAGCCCGUAUUGUCCCCACGGAGCAAGCAAAAGCCAUUGCAGCCGAGAAGAGGAGGCUACAUGUUCCAGCUUGUGCGUUCCAUUUGACUGUGAGCCAUGAGAACAUCCCGGAGAUGGACCCUAGAGGAUAUCACUGGCUGGUUCCAGACUGGGACUCCCUGUACCCCAUAUCCCAGCAAUUGGGGGUCGAUCCCAGCUACGCCAGCGUUAUGUGCGGCGUUGUCGAGCAUCUUCCGAUAAGACCGGAGUUAAACUGGAACUAUUGCCCGCGCAAAGCUUUGAAGACUGUGGUCGAAAAAGCCGAGAAGUUACUCCAUGUGCAUUUCCUUGUCGGCUUUGAAGUGGAGUUUCAAGUUAUGAAAGCUGCAGACGACGGCAAGCUAGGGCCCCAUAGUUCUGGGCUAGGUCGUUGCGCUAUUUCUGGCCUCCGCGACCCUUGUGUAGCCCAUAUCGAGGAAGUUGUACAGAUACUGAUUGAGGCUGGUGUUGGUGUUGGUGCCUUUCAGACAGAAGGAGACCGUGGUCAGUAUGAGAUCGCCCUCGAACCUCAGUCUCCCCUUCGAGCUAUCGACGAGCUUAUCUUUGUCCACGAUACCCUCAAAUCUGUCUUUGCUCGCCAUGGGUUGAUCGCAACCAUGGCACCCCGGCCGGUGGCGUCGCACAAACAAGUCGCAGGACAACACACCCACAUCUCGCUCAACCCCCCAAAUAAAGAGACGUCAUUUUUGGCCGGUAUUCUCCGCAGACUCCCGGGACUAUGUGCAUUCUUCCUCCCGUAUGACCUAUCAUACGAGCGUGUCCAGCCAUACCUCGCCGGCCAUAUCGUUGCAUGGGGGUCUGAGAACCGAGCGGUACCUGUCCGCCAGAUAAAGUCUGGCCAUUGGGAGCUGCGAUGCGUUGAUGCUACAGCAAACAUGUAUGUUGCUCUGGCUGCAGUCAUUAGCGCCGGUACGAUAGGGUGCAUCAACGAGGAGGCAUUGGUAUGGCCCGAUACCGGUCUUAUCACCGAGCAUUUUCCAACAAGCGGAGCCGAACCCUUUCCCAGAAGCGUAGCUGGGGCCUUAGAGCAGCUAGAAAAAUCUCGUGAGAGUCUCCAGGAGAUCAUGGAGAGUCAGAUACUUCGACACUAUGUCGCUGUCAAAAGAUUUGAGGCGCCCAGACUGCAAACAUUGCCUGAAGAAACUGUACGGCAAUUGCUAUGUGAACUAUUUUGA